AUGGAAUGUCUGAAACUUUUAGAGACUCUAGAUAUCUUUGGUUACGCUGGCAUAUGCGUGGGAACAGAAAACUCACAGCUAUUACAAAAUUCUCUCAUAAUAUUGCAGAAAGAAAAUCAUUUUCAAAAGUGUUAUUAUUGGGGUAAAAUCUAUGGGGUUCGAAAUGAUUAUCAUAUUGCGUUUGGUUUUGAAAAAGAUUGCUUGAACGAUCAAGUAUAUUAUUACAGUACGGAUGGCUUAAAUUGGUUGUUACUACCGAAAGCAAAUAAAUGUGCACGAUUCUUGACACCUCUUACAAUUAAUAACUUCGAAGGGGAUCCUUCUAUAGCCACCAACGUUUAUAACGUUAAUCCUCCGUUCCCGCCAAACGAAGAUCCCAAAAAAUAUUACGACGGCCCUAUACCAAAAGAACUUAAAGAGGAAGACAGACUGGCAGCUACGAUAGAGAUAAUUAGAGAAGAUGCCAUCAUAAUUCCUCGUGGUGCAUGGUUUAAGUGUCCCAAUGGGAACGUAAUUGAAAAUUUAAGUUUCGAAGGACUCAGUGUUACAGAUGCUUCGUAUUUAAAAUCGUAUUUGCACGCUCGUUCCCCACAACAAAAAUGGAAUACCAAUUUACUUACGAGACCUGAUUAUAAUUACGCAAUAGAUUUUUUAGAUACAAUUGAUAUGGAUGUGCCAUCAGGAUGUUGGAAUCUACAGUUUUUACAUGGCAAACAAUCAGUGAUUUUACAUAGUCUUUUUUGGCCUGGAAUGACGUUUUAUCAUAAAUUACAUAGUCCGCAUUAUGGAUUUCUUUACUUUGGACAUGGGAAAAAGAAUAUGGAUAUUGUCUUUAUGUUGUAACUAUAGUAAUAAAAAGUCAAUAAAUUCAAAUUCAUGCUUUUCCUAAAAUCUAUUCAACCUUAUUCAACUAAUGAGAUUCGGUCGAUUCCUUUUUGUUUUCUAUGACAACCAAAUACAUAUCCGCAAUCACUACAUUCGAUAUCAAUUUUUUUUACACGUAAUUUACGGUAUGCUAUAAUAUUUCAUUCGUUAAGUUUACAAGUAACAGCAGUACUAAGAAUGAUUUCAAUCGGGGAAAUAAUUCUUAAUAAAAAUGUCCAGCAUUUCAAAUUGUAACGCUUAAGUCUCGUUAACAUAUGGUUAUAAACGUUUUCAUGGUUAAAUUACGUUAAAGUAAAAAACGAGUGUGUUAAAUUUACAAAGUUUUACGAUUCUAAGUUUCCUAAGUAAAUCGUCGCCUGUUUUUUGAAUGAAUAAUUAAUUACUCCUUUUCAUGCGAAUAAGAAUUAACCGCCGCCUUUGAGAACAGGCUUUGUGGAUAAACUAGUCAACCUCUCGCCAUGUAAGAUGGCAGUAGUAUCUCGCUCGUGGUUGGAGAAUUUGAACGCACAAGCGCAGUGACCGGCAUACUCGAGUGAAGUGUUGUUGCAAGUGCUUGGGAUCCGUAUUCCGACAAAUUUCUUCAGGAUAUUUCGCUGCUAACGACGCCACGCAUCGUGCUACACGCCCGCCACCGUCACUGCCGCCGCCACCUCGCCUCUACGUCUCGGAAUAAUAUAUCCAGUGUGUUUCUUGUGCGGAGCACCGGCGAGGGACGCUCCUUCACGAGAAAAGUUU